AUGGACCGGUUGCGGGAGUUGCAGUUGAAGAGGGAGCGGCUGUGGGAGUUGCGGGACCGCGGCGUCGGCUUGUUACAACCGCAGGGCAAGGGGCACGAUGAAGUUGAGGUUGAAGGUGAAGGUGAGCCGCUGUGCGAUGCCGCCGUGCAGACUGAUGCUGUUGUGGAGGGUGCUACAGCCACGAGGACCAUCACGUACGAUAGAGCAGUGCAGACGGUGGCGCUGCCGCAGUCACCACCACAAUUGCCGAAGGAAUUGUCGCCUAUACUAACCCCCACAGCGGUAUCUCCCAAGUCCGAGGUGGCUAGCCCCAGGGGUCCAUUAACCCCACUGGUAGUGCCCCGGAACGGACGGCUGCCCUCUAGGGAGCGGACAUUUGCAUCAGAGUGGUACGUCUUGGGAGGAGCAGGGGACACCAACGCCCCCCAAGGAGAUGGUCCGCAAAAGGUGCGGCUACUUCACAGUUGGGCACCACCACAACCAUCACUGGAGUCCAGUAACGCCUGGUGCGUGUCCCUGGACUACGAUAAGAACCGAGAGGUCACUAUGGCAGCGUUCCAGUCUCCUCGAGGAAGCGUCGUGUACGUCAUGGACACGUUUGAUGGGUGUGUACUGGAUCAAUUGACUCUGCAGGGCCAGCUUGUGACGCAUGCGAGGAUCCUACGGAAGCACGAGAGACAUGGUGUCAUUGCUAUGUUGCUUGUUACCGUGGUGGGCAAGACUAUCCUGUACGAGUUGCGGCGGCGGCAGCAGGAAGGCGACGAGACGCAAGAUCAAUGGGAACGUAACCUUCUCAGCGCAAACCACCACGUCGGACAGGCCACUGGGGUCCCCGGACUCUGGGAAUGUGGGUUCAAGCUCGUCACGGGCUCCUCUGCUGGUUGUCUCACUGUACUCAACUCUCUCGACUUGACCGUGUACAGGGACGUCGCCACGAGCAGCGAGGGGCUACAAGACGUGCUGUUGGCCCCCGUGGCCAUGAGCGAGUACCUAAACAUAGACCACCGCACGCAAGACUGGUUCGUAGACAACCACCUGUCUCGAUUGACCCCUCUCAAUGAGGUUAGUGUCACUGCACUGGUUGGAUCGCCCUUCGACGAGGAGACACUAUACCUUGGUGCAUUGGACGGUGCCAUCUACAAAGUAUCACUGAGGGACGUUAAGAGCAGGGGUCCUGGGGACCCCCACUGGCUGCCAUUGGCCCUGAAUAACAACGGGUUCUUGCCCAGGACAACCCCGGAUAAGCAAGACCCGUUCCAUGAAAGACAAGUGACAAGCCUGUGCUUCCGGGACGACGGUCUGUUGCUGUCUGCGUCCCUGGACUGGACCGUGUGCGUGUACGACGCGGUGCACAACGUGAAGUUGGAUGAAUACACUCUGCGGUCCCCCAUUAUCGAGGCCCGCUGGCUUGAGGGCCGCCUACUAAGCUACGUAUUGACGUGGGACACUCUCGAGUUCGUACAGUGGUCCCUGGACAAGGCGAAGGGCGGCGAGGGCGGUGGUGUUGGUUCCCACGAGAGGGAAUGGGAACGCCUGGGUGACCCGAAAUGCAUCGCACGAGUCACGAUCCAGGACGCAUCACCACUGACACAGUUCACCGCAUGCAGCGUCGUACACGACGCACACACAGACCACUACGUCGCCAUCCUAUCGGGCAACACACCACCACCAACGGUCCAGUACUUCGACGUCGCCGUAUAA